CGGAGCAUGCUUGUGUAUCUAAUCCCUGUGCUAAUGGUGGAAUUUGUCACGAAGUUUCAUCAGGCUUCAAGUGUCACUGCCCACCAGGGUGGAGUGGACCAACAUGUGCUAUUGAUAUUGAUGAAUGUGCAUCUAACCCUUGUGCUCAAGGAGGGACCUGUAUUGAUGGUGUUAAUGCAUUUGAGUGUGUGUGUCCACAACAGUGGAUUGGAGCAACAUGUCAGCUUGAUGCUAAUGAGUGUGAGGGGAAACCCUGUGUUAAUGCUUACUCUUGCAAAAAUCUCAUUGGUGGAUAUUACUGUGACUGCAUUCCAGGAUGGACAGGAGUAAAUUGUCAUAUCAAUAUUAAUGACUGUCAUGGACAAUGUCAGCAUGGAGGGACUUGUAAGGAUGAAGUUAAUGGUUACCAUUGCUUAUGCCCUCGUGGUUUCACAGGAAAAAACUGUGAGACAGAAACAAAUGAGUGUGAAAGCAAUCCAUGCCAAAAUGGAGGCCGUUGCAAAGACCUGGUGAAUGGAUUCAGUUGCCUGUGUUCACAGGGCUUCUCAGGAGUCUUCUGUGAGAUGGAUAUUGAUUUCUGUGAACCUAACCCUUGCCAGAAUGGGGCUAAAUGUUAUGAUCUGGGAGGAGAUUAUUACUGUGCCUGCCCUGAUGACUAUGAUGGAAAGAAUUGCUCUCAUCUCAAGGACCACUGCAAGAACAAUUCUUGUAAAGUAAUAGACAGCUGUACAAUAGAAGUCUUCACUAAUGCUACCCAAGAAGGAAUCCGUUUCAUUUCGUCCAAUGUUUGUGGGCCUCAUGGACAGUGUAUUAGUCAGCCAGGAGGGAAUUUUACUUGUGCCUGUGAAAGAGGUUUUACUGGAGUAUACUGCCAUGAAAAUAUCAAUGAUUGUCUUGGGAAACCUUGCAAGAAUGGUGGGACAUGCAUUGAUGAAGUUGAUUCAUUUAGAUGUUUCUGCUCAAGUGGCUGGGAAGGAGAAUUGUGUGACACAAAUUUCAAUGACUGUUCUCCUAACCCAUGUCACAAUGGUGGCCGAUGCAUUGAUUUGGUAAAUGACUUCUAUUGCGAGUGUAAGAAUGACUGGAAAGGCAAAACUUGCCAUUCACGUGAAUACCAAUGUGAUGCAAAUACUUGCAGCAAUGGUGGAACAUGCUAUGACGAUGGAGAUACAUUCCGCUGUUCAUGUCCUCCAGAAUGGAUAGGAAGUACUUGCAACACUGCUAAAAACAGCAGCUGUAUUCCAAACCCUUGCAUGAAUGGUGGAACAUGCGUUGGCAGUGGAGAUUCCUUUUCUUGCAUCUGCAAAGAAGGAUGGGAAGGACGUACAUGCACACAGAAUACCAAUGACUGCAACCCUCAUCCAUGUUACAAUGGAGGCAUCUGUGUCGAUGGUGUGAAUUGGUUUCGAUGUGAAUGUGCACCUGGGUUUGCUGGUCCUGACUGCAGAAUUAAUAUUGAUGAAUGCCAGUCUUCCCCUUGUGGAUAUGGUGCCACUUGUAUAGAUGAAAUAAACGGAUACCGAUGCACUUGUCCCCCUGGAAGAAUUGGUCCUAGGUGCCAAGAAGUGAUUGGAAUUGGAAAGCCUUGCUGGCUUAAAGGAAUGACCUUUCCCCAUGGCAGCAGGUGGGAUCAAGAAUGUAACAACUGCCACUGUUUGGAUGGCCAUAUUGACUGCACCAAGGUGUGGUGUGGGAAAAAACCUUGUCUGUUACACAAACACUGGGAUAAUUCAAAUAACCAGUGUCCCAUGGGUCAGGAAAUGAAAUGUUUUCAGCCACCGUGCACGGACUGGGGAGAAUGCAGUGCCUCUGAACCUCUGCCUGCCAAUAUCAAGUGUCUGCCUAAUUCUGGAUACUUGGACAAUGACUGUGCUAGAAUUACUUUAAUUUUUAACGGAGACAAAGUCCCCCAGGGCACUACAACUGAAAACAUCUGUUCUGAAAUACGGUAUUUACCAGCUACUAGGACUGUUUCUAGGGACAGAACUCUGAUAAUAUUAUGUGAUCUGUCUUACUCCACAGAGGAUGCAGUGGAAGUUGCUAUUUCUUUUGUCCCGCAUCGAGAUGAACAAGAUAAUAGUCUUAUACAGAAUGCUGCUAAUACAAUAGUAAAUGCGAUCACUAAGCGGCAAAACAGCACUGUUAUGUUGGCAGUAACUGAAGUCAAAGUAGAGACCAUCGUUGUUGGGAGUUCAUCAUCAG